AUGGAGAUUUGGGUGUAUAAAUACAGGGCAGAGGCAGAGGAGAAGGCAGCUCAGAUUCAACUGGCUCUUCGAACCGAGCAGGAACGCUCUGACACUACAGCUAUGGCACCCACUGUUUUUGGACAAGCAAGCUAUCCUAAGGAACACCUGACUCCUGCUCAUAAGCUGAGAAAACCAAUGGUGGAGAAACUGCGCAGAGACCGCAUCAACACCAGCAUCGAGCAGCUGAAAUCUCUGCUGGGUCCUGAGUUCCUGAGGCAGCAGCCCGACUCUAAGCAGGAGAAGGCAGACAUCUUGGAGAUGGCCGUGACCUAUCUGAGAGGCUGGCAGCAGCAGAAGCAGCAGCAGCAGGCCGGCAUGACCUCUGGCCUGAUGACGAGCAGCGACGGCUACUCCCGCUGCGUGCAGGAGGCUGUCAGCUUCCUGUCCCACUGCGAGGUCCAGUCUCAGGCCCACCGACGGCUGCUCAGCCACUUCCAGGGCCUGCAGGCGUCCAGCCACGGUCCCCCCACCCUCUCCCCUCCUGGCUCUCCUCUCCAUCAGGUCACCUCCAGUAAGGGGGUGAGCCAAGCCAGCAGCGCUCUGUGGAGGCCCUGGUAGGAUGGAGGCAGCAUCACCUCCACACAGAGAGAGAAAGAGAACUACGUCUGUGAACGUCAUGGACAGAAAGUUGAAGACUUACUGAAGUCUGUUUGCUUUUGCUUUGGCAGGAGAUUGUUGAGUGUUUUACUAUUGUGGUGAAAGUAUUCCUUUGGAAGGACUGAAAUAAUUUAGGUUUUACUGAACAUGUACACCAUGUGUAUACACAUUAUACGCUUUAUAAUUUAAAGUGCUUACUCUGUGAUUGGGUUAAUUGUUCCUUAUGGAAACAACAAUGUUUGUUUGUUUUGCAAACGUCACUGAUUAUUUUGUUGUAACACCCACAUUGGGUUGAAACUAUUCAAGUGUCUGCGACACGGUUUUAUUUGUGUGUUUAAAUUACUGUCUAUCUUUGAUACUAUGUAUCACUGACUGAUACAUUUCAUCAGCUUUGUGAUGAUGAAUCAACAACAUCCCAUAAACAGAUCCCAUGGAUCCACUUUUACUGUAAAUCUUGUUAUGAUUAUACUUAAUUUUGGACUAUAUGUAACCAUUAUUUGGCCUAUGUGUGAUGAGUGUUACUGUUGGGCUUGUGUCUGUGAGCUGUUCAGUUGUAAUGUUCAUAACAGAUGUUUUUUCAUCUUCAAGUGAAUUCCUUUUAUAAAGGCUUGUUAUA